UAACUCAUAACUCAUAACUCAUAACUCAUAACUCAUAACUCACAAGCUCUUCAAAUUGAAUGGACAUGUCCUCUGCAUCUGAUUGACUGAUUCUAUACCUCAAUGCCCAGACCACAAUUCAUCUUCCUACCAAAACAAUCCAUCAUCAAACAUCUCACUCAUCCUUCUUCUUCUUCUUCUUCUUCUUCUUCUUUCUCCAUUAACUCACCUCCAUCUCUCUCUCAUAUCGCAGACAAAUGCACAUCAAUGCACCAACUCAAACAACUUCACGCCCAUAUGAUCAUCUCUGCUCGCAUUCACGACAACUAUGCUGCUAGUCGUUUGCUAUCUUUCUGCGCUCUCUCCGAUUCUGGGGACAUCAAUUACGCCGUAAAGCUCUUUAAUUACACCCAACAACCUAACAAUUUUAUGUACAACACAAUGAUCAGAGCACAAGCUAGUGCUCAAAAUCCUUUAAAUGCUGUGUUAUUGUUUGUGCAAAUGAGGAGGAUGGGUGUUUUACCGGGAAAACAUACGUUUCCUUUUCUUUUGAAGGCGUGUUCGAAUGCGAAAUCGGUUGAUGGGUGUAAACAAGUUCAUUGCUAUGUGAUUAAAUUUGGGUUGGAUUUUGAAUUGUAUGUUGUUAAUGGGUUGGUUAGAGGGUAUUGUGUUUCGAGGUGUUUGAGUGAUGCACGUCAAGUGUUUGAUGAAAUUCCUGAGAGAAAUUUGAUCAUUUGGGCGAGUAUGAUUUGUGGGUAUGCCCAGAAUAAUAGCUCGGAUGAGGCUUUGUUGCUGUUUAAUCGAAUGUUGGAUCAUGGGAUUGAGCCGAAUGGGGUAAUUUUGGCUUCUGUGUUAUCAGCUUGUGCUCAAGACGGGUGUUUGAUGAUAGGAGAAAGGAUUGAGAAGUUCAUGAGAGAGAAAGGUACUGAUUGGGGAGUGAUUCUUGGGACUGCAUUGGUUCACAUGUAUGCAAAGAAUGGAGCUUUGGGUAAGGCCAGAGAAGUAUUUGACAGCAUGCAACAGAAAAAUGUCGUGACUUGGAACGCCAUGAUUCAUGGAUUGGCUGUUCAUGGGCAUGCAGAAUCUGCACUUACUCUAUUCACAAAGCUUGAAAUGGAGGAUAUCGUGCCUAAUGGCAUUACAUUCGUGGCCGUCUUAUCUGCGUGCUGCCAUGGGGGCUUCCUUGCAGAAGGUCGCAAGUUUUUUAGUUCGAUGAAACAAGAUUACAACAUUGAGCCGAAACUAGAGCACUAUGGUUGUAUGGUUGAUCUUCUAGGUCGAGGGGGGGAACUGAUUGAGGCGGAGCAAUUGAUACGAGACAUGGAAUGGAAAGCGGAUGUGAUGAUUUGGGGAACUCUAUUGAGCGCUUGCAGGAAAUGUGGGAAUAUUGAGGUUGCUGAAAGAGUGGUUGAAGAGAUUUUAGCUUUGGAUCCUCAAAAUCAUGGAGUUCAUGUUGUUUUGUCAAAUAUGUACGCAGAGACUGGAAGGUGGGAUGAUGUCUUGAAUCUAAGAAAGGUGAUGAAGAAAGGACACCUGAAGAAAGUACCAGGUUGGAGUUCAGUGAAUGAUGGUGGUUGAUUUUCAUGGCGUUGGCUGCCAUAUGAGAUUAGUCUUCAACACACAUAUGACACUUUUAUGCAACGAUGAAGACUUUACUGUGAAAUGUUCUGAACACUAGCAGUCUAGCACAGAUGUCCAAAAGAAGAGGUAAAGAUGAAUGUCUGAAUUCAUGUAUUUUCUCCAUUCUCAUGUCAUAUCUGAAGAAGAUCAAAAACAAUGGAGAACAUAAUAUAGUUCAUAUACGGAGGUACAACCUUCAAUAUUCAAUGCCAAUUAGGAAAUGCAAAAAUUGCCACUCCAAUUCAUUGUUAUCAUGUAACAAACAAAAUCACUUCUGUAAUGAGCUAUAUUACAUAUUUACAGGGACAUACAGCAAUCUGUGCUUGUGAGUAUGAACCAUCUCAAUAUACAGUAAAAGAGGGACUAUCUUAUAAAAGUUGUCCUUCAUAUCCUUUAAUGUAUCAAAAAUGCCAGACAUACCACUUCAUCUUUCACCUUUAAACUUUAAAGUAUAAAUAGUGCUUUCCUGAUUUGCAAGUGACAAUAAUAGCUUAUACAUCCGAAUCAAGUGAAUCAUGGCAUGCCGCAUGCAGCAGUUGUGCGCCUUAAUAGAUCUUCCCACAAGAAACUCUCCAAUUGCUUAGGCACCUAAUGAGGCAUAGAUGAAAUCAGUGCAUCUUCAUGUUCUUUGAUACACUUACAGGUGCAUGUGCAUAUCUACUUCAUAGAGCACUAAUACUGAAAUAACUAAUUAUACAAGUGAUUCUGUAAAAAUCACUUUUGACUCUGCAGAUCACUUUGUAUAUGCGUCAACACUAGGCUUGUGCUCAGAUACUAAUUUACUUACCAUGUGAAGAAAAUAUAGCUGGUACUAUAUACUGGUUCUAUUUGACCUGCCCAGGAAUUCAAGCUUUAUGCAGGGUGUUCAUCGGCACAGCACGCUUCAAAAGAGAGUUAUAUUCUCGACUUCUCGACCAUUCAUCAAUCUCACGAGCACGUAGCACUGGAAGAGGGUGUGAUAGUUGCCUCGUUUGAGCAUUCCUGUAAAGAUUCUAAUGUUUGUUAAAUCCUGAAUGGCAUCCUGCCAUAUCAAGUAGCUAUUGUCGAGCUUCUUAAAGUAAUCUUGUAUAUAUUACCUCAUAUACCAACCCAUUGGGCUUGAAGAAGCUUUAUCGUAAGAACGUGCUUGCUCCAGGAAUGCAUCUACAUUUAGUUGGUCCGCCAAGGAAGGGCAGCCGCCAGAUAAUUUCAUCAGAACAGACAUGACAAUCUCUUGUAAUACCACCAAGGCAAUUAAGGAGAGCGAAACAUAAGAAAAAAAAGGCAGGUAAGUUGCAUAAUAUUCUUAAGAAUAAUGACAAGGAAUAAAACCAGAGCAGGAGAAGAAAAUAUGACACAAGUGCUGCAAGAGAAGGUCAGGCUACAUCACCAUACCUUGGGAUCUUGAGCAACAAGAAGAGCUGCACGAUCACAAGUAAGCUCUGCUGCUCGGAGCCAACGCAACAACUGGUCCUCUAAGCUACUAGCAAUUAAUCCACCAAGUCCUGUAAGUGGAACAAGAAAAAAACUCUUGCUUGCUCUCAUCUCCAAGAGGUUUGUAGCACUAUCAAGUUUAUAAACGGUUAUACCAACUAUGCUUCUUUGCAAAGAUGAUAAUGGUUAUAUGCUAUUCAUUUACUAGCUACAGU